GCCGGGGGCACGCGCCGUCUGUGUUUUCUCAGUGUGCAGUCUCUUACAACUUGUCCCUGCUUCCUCUAUGAAUCAUGCUCAGUUACUUUUAUUCUAAUUGGAUAGUGCUUGAGUAAUUUUGUUUGAGCUGCUUACUGGACGGUACUGAUGCAAUUUUAUCUGAGCUCAGUGAUAAAUCAAGCUUAACACUGCGGAGUUGGUGCCUCUUGUUAAUUAGUGACUGUGGAAAAGCCACCCAGAUGACACGAAGUUUUUGACCGCAAGCUCUUGGUCCACGCUGUAAUUCUCACGGUUGUAAGUUUGAGGAUAUAAUAACAACAGAAUGACGAAUAGGUGGUGGGGAGGCUGGAUUCAGCAAAACAUCGCAACGGCUAAAGCCAAGUCUGCAAAAGCCGUGGAGCUUUUGACGCGUGAUCUGGCUGAAUUCACUCAGGUUAUCCAACAGGAUACUGUGACUACAAUUUCAACAACAGCCUUAGCAUUCAAAGAGAAACUUAAUGUUGAGGAGCACGCAGAAGGUGGUCAGGUAUUUAGCAAGGGACUUUCAAACUUACUUGGAGCAAUCUCGGAUGCGUUUGCACCUACAGUGGAAGAAUCUGCCACUGCUGAUAUGAAAGCAAUAAAUGACUAUCAGAUGGGAAGUAGUGAGCCAUAUGAUAGUCUGAAGGCCCGUCUCUGUAACCUUCAAGCUGAUCCUGCAACAUACUCCAAGAAACCAGAUGAACACUAUAACUCCUGGUUGUUGAGCUUCACCUUGGAUGAUGAGAAGUGCGCUAUAUCUGACCUCUUGGCUAAUAAUCCACCCAUAAGAGACCUUUAUGCAAAAUUGGUUCCCUCUGAAAUUACUCAUGCAGACUUCUGGUCUCGGUAUUUCUACAGAGUCCAUCAGCUUCAUCAGGAAGAAGCUCGGAGAACAGCCUUAAAAGAAAGAGCAGAACAAAGCACAUAUUCUGUGGAUCUAAAAUGGGAAGAUGAAGAUGAAUGGGAUGACACAAGCUUUUCUGCUGUUGCUUUUAACCCGAAAGAUCUAAAUAUGAUAACUAAUGACAGGCAUGAACUACCAGGAAACAAAGUGGAAGAAACUGGCUCGAGAGUUGCUGUGUCAACUUUGUCUGACCACACAUCAAGUGAAAUCCAGCCACUUGCUUUGCUUUCCACUGAGGACAUUCAAGGAAUCCAACUAAAUCACCCAGCAGGAGAAACUAUCCAAAUGUUAGAAUCAUUUUUGGAAAUGGAGAAGAAGCAUGAAAAUAAAACUGUUUUAAAAGAAGAAUUGUGUCACAAACUAUUUGGAGAUGAGGGCAUAAGUACUGGUGAGGACUCUUCAGGUUUUGAAGAGUCCCCAGUCUCCAUUCUCGAGAGAAAUUUUGCUCACCUCAAUUUACAACCUAGCAUUGAUAAAAAUGCAACCGUCAAGUUAACUUCAAAUGUUGAAAAAUCUGCUUUUGUGAGUAACAAAGGAAACACUGAUUAUGUUGAAAACUGGGAUGAAGACCUUGAUCUGGACAUGACUGAAGAGGAAAUCCAGAUGACUUUAUCUCGAGCUGAAGCCUCGGGUGAGCUUGAUCCUGAAGACUGGGAUGAUUGGGUUUGCGAACAGAAGUAAACUCUUGACACAACUAGACUAUUACCUGCAGAACAUAAAUAAAUGGAUACUGUGUCACAAGCUGUUGCCAUUAUUUGAGUGCUGUGUUAAAAGAGACAUCAACCAGUUUAUGGACAAGAUAACAAUUUUAUUUGAGAUGGUAUAUGUUAAGACAAUCAUUUUUACAUACAUGUGCAGCUUCAUGAAUGGAUUGAAAAUCUGUAUCUGAACAGGUGCCAAUUUCAACGGUAAAUGCUAAGAAUGAACAAAUAUCUGGCAGCCUUGGUCUGGGAAUGCUGUUAAACUGUACAAGUUGCUGUGUCACAAAGGUGGUGUUGGUAACCCCCCUCUAUAGAAGAUUAUGCAGUGAAUUAGUUAACCUGCCUAAAGUCUUCAAUGACUCCUCAGCAUGAUUGCUGCCAUCUGAAAGUCAAGAUGUCGUUGUUUUCUGAGCCACCGCCUACAAUGUAAACUGUAACUCUCUCGUUUCUUGAUCUGACUGCUAGAACCCCCCAGCAUCAUGAAUGAAGCACAAUCUCCAGGGAAACACAGAACUCCCAGGCAAGGUAUCACUGUGCACAAGUUGAUACAUCUUACUGAUGAGUAUUAUAAAGGUGGUGUAGCUCUUCCCUGGUGCCACCAAAUAAAUCUAUCUUUCCUUAGAAUCUCCCAGUGCUUUUAUUAACAGAUCCUGAAAUUGAUGCUGCUGUGCUUUUCAGAUUGGCACCCAGUUGACCUAGGUCCUGACACAUUCGUUUUUUUGUCCAAAACUCUCAUUGACCUGCAUUCUCACAUUCAGGAAUUUUACAGCCUUAAACCUUAACUUCCUAAUUUCAGUGUCACGGAGACUUACAGCUAUUGCGUGAAUCUUGUAUCCACCUGCAUUUUUAUCCAGAAAAUUUACUUUGCAAUGAAUUUUUAGUUUUAUUUUAGCUGUGAACACUAAUCAUUUCUCCAGCUUAUUUCAUCUUAAGUGGAGACAUGUUGAGUUUUUAAGUAGGCCUUCACUUGCUCAGUGCCUUAGCCUUUUGAAGACAGUUACAACAUUUCCAGUAGCUCAUGAAAUAAAGAAAUUGGCAGAAUGUUAAUUUUCAGACCUUUGAGAGGGAAGGGCCUCACAACUUGCCAAUAUCAAUUUCACUGGAACAGUCUUGGAGAUGUGAGAGACAGUUACGAAUGGGAAAUUGUGGCUGUAAACUAUGACUUGUUCCAGAGCAUGACACUGUGUAUCAACAAGCUGAACUAUAUGCGAUACAUUUUCAUCAAUCGUUUUCAAAAGGCAGAAAUUGUCUUCUGCAUUAACUGUAUUAGUGUUUGGGUGGGUGAUAUUUGUGAAUUGUUUCAAAAGCUUUUCUUUGCUUUCUCCUCCUAGUCUUUAUUUAACUAAGAUUUGUUCCAACUUCCAGUCGCAGUCAGUAAAACUUUAGAUUAAAUUUUUGGUCACGUCUCCAGUGAUAUUAAAACAACUAUGUUUAUAUAACACCUGCUCUUGUCAGUGUUCAAUGUGUUUGGUGCUGAAAAGUUGAUCACUUUUCUAUUGGUGAUAUUCUGUUUCAGUGUUGAAUGUUUGCUCAAGACCAGCAGAGUGAGGUGCAGUAUUUAAACUUUGUCUAUCUUUACUUCCCCAUAAUGAAUCUUUUAACCCAAAAGAUUUUCUUUUGGCCUAGUCAAGUUUGCUGUCAAUUUGUAAGUAAUUUUGCACAUUAGAACUGCCAAAUUUCAUUUUGUUCAACACCCAACUGGCAGUGCAAGAUUUUCUGGCCAGCUUACCCUUGAACUGCCUAUAAAUUGCUGCAAAUUGAAUUCUAUCCAAUUUAUUAACAAUCUGGUCUGAAUGCAGAGAGCAAAAGUUUUAAGUGGUUCCUUUCGCUGUUAAUAAAGAGCUCCCACACAGUCUAUACAUAGCUUAGAUUAACUUUUUUUUAAUAUAUAAUAAACAAUAUUAUUGGAUGUGAAAGUGAAAAAAGUAAUUCUUAGUUUAUUUUUUCUUGUUCUUUGGUUUCUGGGAUUUCAUUUUCUUUUUAAAAGAUGAAAGCUCAUAUGUGAAUCUGAAAAAAUAUUGUGGCAAAAGUUUCCUCUGAUCCCUCUAGGAAAUUACAACUUCAGUCAUGUAACCUUUUAAAGUAGAAUCCCAACAUCAAGCUAGUUAUAUAUUCCCAAAAAGACAAAAAAAACUUGUCUUCUACAUUUACAGUAAUUCUGAUUUGGCUGGGUGAGUUGUGUUUGAAUAUUUUUAAAAAAAAGUUGUUUUUAUGGUUUGAGUGCUGUGAAAAUAAUGUGUUGAAUGUUUGUAGAAAAAUCAGUGAGACAGUUAAUAUCAGAAUGUUUCCAUUGAUGGUAUUCUGACCAUCCCCAUUUUAUGUGUCAAUUAAAUAAACAUGUCUAUUAACUUAUAAUGUAAGAGUUCCACAAGAUUGAGAAUUAAAAGACUAC